CGCGUUUUCAUUUUCUUUUCAAACACUACAUACGUUCAAAAUGAGCAAAGAAGACCAGCUCGUUGGGCAAGCAGCUACAUCCAACCCUCCAACAAAGAAAGAGAAGAAAAAGAAGGCGAAGGCGAAGACUGACGCCAUGGACGUGGACACUCCCUUGAAGGAACGCAAAAGCAAGAAGCGGCCAAGAGAGGAAGACGCCGCGGACGAGGUGAAGGCAGACAAGAAGGAUAAGAAAAUGAAAAAGAGGAAGGAGAGAAAAUGUGACGAUGAUGAUGAGGAGGCAGUGAAGAUCGGCGUGGAUGCGAACAUCGAUAACGACUCCGGGGCCAAACGCGACAAGAAGAAAAAGAAAGACGACCAGAAAGAGCAAAAAAGGGAAGAGAAGAAGAGAAGGGCGCACUCUGUGAAAGAAAUUGAAGAAAAGGCUUCGGACGUUGAGGAAGAGGAGCAAGUUGAGCACAAAAUAACAAAAGGCAACAACAAGAGGGAUAAGAAAGAAGGGCCCAGUGAUGAAUGGUCAUAUAAACAGGACAAAGCCCUCAGCGACCUGCCUCAAGCUACCAUUGACGACUUCUAUGCAAAGCACACCGUUCAAAUAUCGGACAAUGCUACGGCGCUUCGUCCCAUACUCGAGUUCUCUCAAGCAGGAUUCCCGGCUGACCUGGCUAGGGACCUAUCGAGGUUUCCCAAACCUACGGUUAUCCAAUCCUCUUGUUGGCCGUUUAUCCUCUCAGGUGAGGAUCUAAUCGGUGUUGCAGCAACAGGGAGCGGUAAGACUUUGGCAUUCGGUAUCCCAGCCCUUAUCCACAUUCGCAACCGAGUAGCGAGACAAAACAUCCAACCCCGCAAACCCCAGGUGCUGGUUUUAUCCCCAACUCGCGAACUCGCCAUGCAGAUUCAGGAGCAAGUAGAAAAAUUCUCUGGAUCAUUGGCAAAGAGCGUUGUCAUCUACGGCGGUGUUCCCAAGUUUGAGCAAAAGAAAGCAUUGAAGAGUGGUGCUGUCAACGUGAUUGUUGCAACCCCCGGACGCUUGAUUGACCUACUGGAAGAUGAGGAUAGCUGUUGCGAUUUGAGCGAUGUCUCCUUUCUUGUUUUGGAUGAAGCAGACAGAAUGUUGGAUCUCGGGUUCGAGGAGGCCAUUAAAAAGAUUGUGGGACAAUUGAGGAAGGAGGGGCGGCAAACGGUCAUGUUCAGUGCUACCUGGCCACCCGCUAUCCAGAAGAUUGCGGAGCAAUACCUCAAGUCUCCGGUGAACAUUACCGUCGGAUCUCAGGAUCUGUCCGCUAACUCGAGCAUCGAACAGCGGGUCGAAGUUGUGGAUCCUCACAAUAAGGAAUCUCGCCUAUUAGAACUACUAAAAAAAUACCACAAAUCGCGGACAAACCGUGUUCUGAUUUUUGCAUUAUACAAAAAGGAGGCCGCCAGAUUGGAGGGAUUCGUUCGCAGAAAUGGGUUCAAAGUUGCCGCAAUCCAUGGGGACUUGGGACAACAGCAACGAACUAAAGCGAUCGAAGAUUUCAAGAAGGGGACGUGCCCUUUACUGAUUGCUACUGAUGUGGCUGCCCGUGGAAUUGACAUUCCUAACGUCGAAUAUGUGAUUAAUGUUACCUUCCCCCUCACCGUUGAAGAUUACUGUCACCGCAUCGGGCGAACCGGUCGAGCAGGACAGAAGGGCAUAUCGCACACGUUGUUUACCGUUCACGAUAAAUCCCAUUCAGGGGCUCUAAUCAAUGUGUUGAAGGGAGCUGGACAAACGGUGCCGGCGGACCUACUCAAGUUCGGGACGACCGUAAAAAAGAAAGUUGACCCCAACUACGGAGCGUUCGUCAAAGAUGUGGAUAUGAAUAAAAAAGGGAAGAAGAUUACUUUUAAUGAUUCCGAUUCAGAGUAGAAACGACGUAGGUGGUUGGUGGAUAAGGUGGAUAAGGCUGUGUUCUGUAUUUGUUUAUUGGUGUUCUGGGAGGGCGUCUUUGGUACAUAGACUACUAUUAUUUAUUGAGGCAAUAGCGAGACUUUCAGAGAUGGAAGUUAAGAGUCACGGAAUUGAACCUGAGGUUAUCCAAACCGUUGUGGGCAGCGUGGAACCCAGAAUUCCUCUACCCAACAAGCACUUCGAGACGAUGCCUACACGUUCAUGAACCCAAAGCGUAACGCAAAUUAUGGGACAUUGAAUCCAAUGAUUAUCUUCUGGCUCUGGUUACCUCUCGUUUGUCCCAUCGUAUGUCCCUGUUAGACGCCGUUCUUGUCGGCAUUUCUCGAUCCGGUGCCAGAAGACGAAGACACCACG